AACUCUCUGUGUGAUACCUUUACCCCCGCGCAAUCGCAAAGCACAGAGUCUGCAUUUCUCGUCCUUACCCAGCUGAGAUGCCUUCCGAAAGCCUCCCGAGGGAUGACGAAGGGUCCGAAACACCAGUCUUCAAGAGGAGGAAAACUGCGGCGUCUCCGUUGCUCGCGACCCCGGCCCGGGUUCUCAGUCAAAUACAAAAUGGUGACACUCUCGACACCGGGCGGGUGCUACAAGCGUUGUGCAACGCGGUGAUAUCUUCCAGCGUGGACGAGGACGAGGACCCGCACGCCCUCAAGCUAUUGGCCGAGCUGCUUGCCGAAGACGGAGUGGACCCGAACGCCGGAGACGAAGCUCUGUGGGACAACUAUGGCGGUAGCCCCUUGUACCAGGCGUGCGCGCUGGACCUCCCUUGCACUGCUAAGGCCCUGCUGGACCACGGGGCGUCGGUGGUCCAGGUGUACAAGGGACAGACACCUCUACAGGCGGCGCUCGCCCAGAAAAAAUCCCGCUGCGUCAAGGUUAUCAUGGAACACAUCGAAAAGCUCGAGACGCAAGCGCGUGAGGGGAGAGGAGGAAAAGGACCCAGGCGCUCCAAUCACGGUAGCCAGUGUGAACGCUAGAUAGCAGCAGCGGCCGGCGCACCGUAACUAAAUAAUGUCGUAAGUAAAGGCCUACGUGAUGAGGGGAGGUGUGGGGUGGAUAUGGGGGCACGUGUUGCUGUUGCUAGCGCAAGCACACCCUCGUACUCAAGAGGGCGAGUGCUGGGGAGGCCUGAUUCUCUCUCGCUCGCUCGAGAUCAGGCCUGGCAUGGCAUGUAAUGAGUGGUUACUGAGGCGAAAGCCAAUUGCGAUGGAAAACCCGUGUUGGGCGUUUGAGGAAGAGCCAACCCCUCCCCGGAUGCUCGUGAAUGUGUGUCUGCACUUGGAAGUAAUUUCAACCACGGAAGGACCUCGACCAACAAAACAAGCACGAUGUACGUAUCGAUGGUACCUUCGCGGCGCUGGUCCUGUUUUGUCCUGUUUUGGGCGGCGUGUCAAGCGAAUGAGCAUGUGUAGCCCUCUCCGUUGUUGCUGCCGUACGUUGUACUUGAGUAGCAACAGCGGUGUGGUGUGCUUGCUUGAAACGUGGUGCCAAAACAAGUGGUCACUGCGUUUUUGUUUUUCAGUUUGGUUCUGGGAUGUGCUUGUAUGUGCCGUAUCUGUGGUGGAUGUUCGUGCGUGUUGCGAUAACUAAAAGUACUUUUUUUUCUGGUUUUGAAACACCCAUCCACUUUCUGGCGACAAGUUUCCGAACCGUGUACUGAGUAAUGUGUGUGAGUUUUUUUUAUUUUUUUGUCGUCGUGCUUUGCGUUGGGCAUGCGUAAGUAAAUAUGCGCCCGCCGGACGACGGGUGUGUAGGUGAUGGAGUGUAACUUCGCUUUGCACCGGUGGAGGGUUUUCCGUUUUUUGGCCAAGAGCUUUGCGAUGCCGUUUUCCAGAGGUUACACCAAUGCUUGUUCGCUUUCUGAAAAGGUUGUCCAGUGUGUGUCAGUUCUUUUUUUGCAUUCCACCCGACCGGUAUGAAUUGGCGGGUGUUUGGUGUAUAGAGGUGAUAUACAAAUAUAGCAUUGCAUUCUCAUGGCGUUCUCGUGGGAAAAUUGAGAAAAUAGCGUCCUGGCUCGAGUUCGAGCGGCCUUUGACGCCCAGUGCGAUAGGGGCAGGAGUAGGCCACACGUGUUGAUAUCAAUCACUCAAUUUGCUCAAUUGCAUGGUGGAUGUGAAGUUGAGAUGCAACGUUGACUAUUGUCGGCCUGUUGCCGAGACAAGUGUGGUGCCAUGUUGCUGUGGUAAAAAAUUCAUGACU